CCGGUCAGUAGCCUCCGUAUCACUGUGUGCACCCGUGCCAGCGCUCGAGCUCCAGCGACACAGCGCGCGCUCCGAAUCUUGUUUUUUUUUUCACGGACCUAACACUUCCGGACAUUUUCGUGCUUUAAUUUCCUGAAAUAAUUUGCAACUGAAGGCGAGCGGAGGUUUUAUUUGUAGCAGCGGGACAGACUCGGCGACACCGGGGCACAGAGCGGGGAUAAGAGCGAGCCUUCAAGCCCAUUAUAACCCAGGACACCGGACAUUAUUCCUGCAAGAGAGGACGCUACUUUGGAUUACUUUGACACACAGUUUGUGUCUGGAAUACAUAAAAAAAUAUUACUACAAUAUUUUAUCUUCUGGUUCUCCGCAUUUAGCUUUCCUUCAGUGGAUAAUUCAGCCCUCACAUUAGGCUGUGCGUAUGUAUGCACUUCAGUGCGCUUUGUGCAGAUUAUAGCCAGGGUGAAAGCAGUAACCUGUAGCAGAAUAACAGAACAAAAUAACUAAGUAAGCAUUUAUUUCACUUUGAAACAACCUCCAACUUAUUUAUAAUUGUUUUGGACUGAGCCCUGCGCCUUUUUGAACUCAGAGAAAUCUGUGAAACCCGGAUCAGGAUCAGGAUGCAUCGCAGCUGAAACCACGAGUCCGGGACUUUGGUGUUGAAAUCAGAUCGGACGGACCUCCACCUCCCUCCUGGACCUGGUCAGGAGCCGAAUCAUGAAUCAUCCUGUCGGUGCGAUGUUGAUCCUGCUCCCGGUGCUGUGCCUGCUGUGCGGAGCCUCCUGGGCAGCGACCCUGGGCGGACUGGAAGACACCAUUCUUAUUCGAGAGGAGUUCAGCAAUGUGGCCAACUUCAGCACCUUCCUACUGGACCAUUCAUCGGGCAUGCUGUUCCUGGGUGCAAGGGAUGCCAUACUGGCUGUGGACACCAACAAACUGAAGCAACGACCAAAAAAGAUUGUUUGGGAUGUGCCGGUGGAGAAGAGGAAGUCUUGUGUUGCAAAGGGAAAGACAGAGGUCGACUGUAACAAUUACAUCCGCCUGCUGAAGUUUCUGGCUGACGGACGCAUCUAUGUGUGUGGCACCUACGCCUUCGACCCCCAGUGUGCCUUCCUGGAGCGCUCCUCCUUCACCCUGGAGAGAACCGAGGAUGGAGGGGUGAAGAUGGAGACGGGGAAGGGCAAGUGUCCCUUUGAGCCCAGUCAGCACUACACAGCUGUUAUGGCAGGUGGUACCCUAUACACAGCAGCAACCAGUAACUUCCUGGGAACGCUGUUUGACAUCUCCCGGGCAACAGGCGCUGAGCAGGAGCGCAUUCGAACUGAACGAUCCAUCAACUGGCUGAGCGACCCAGAGUUUGUGAGCUCAGCCUUCAUAGAGCAGUCUGCAGACAGCAACCCAUCAGGAGACGACGACAAAAUCUACUUUUUCUUCACUGAGGUGGCCAAAGAAUAUGACCUCUACACCAAAGUCAAAGUGCCCAGGGUGGCACGAGUCUGCAAGUCUGAUGUGGGAGGGAUGAAGACUCUGCAGCGACGUUGGACCACCUUCCUCAAGGCUGAGCUUGUGUGUGAGGACAAACCAAGCGGUCAGCGCUACAACAUUCUAACUGAUGUUUUCACCACACAACACACACCAGGCGACCCCAGCAGCACACACUUCUACGGACUGUUCACCUCCCAGUGGGAGCGUGAAGAGGUAUCAGCAGUGUGUGUUUUCAGUCUGUCUGACAUCAGCAAAGUAAUGGACGGUCCCUUUAAAGAGCUGAAGAAGACCUGUGAGAACUGGAUCAACCCUGAACCUGUCCCCACACCCAGGCCUGGCCAGUGUUUGAACAACGCUUUGAAGGCAGAGGGGUUCGAGUCCUCCCUGAAACUUCCCGACAAGGUGUUGACAUUUGUGAGGGACCACCCACUGAUGGAGAACAGUGUCAUGGCAGCACCCCUGCUGGUCCGGAAAGGAAUCACAUACACAAAGCUGGCUGUUACACAGACUGGCACUGGAGAGGAGAAGAAAGGAGCAGUGCUGCACCUUGGAACAGACCGUGGGGAGCUCCACCGGGUGGCAGUAGUGGGCCAGAAUGCCACCUUAUUGCAGGAGAUUCCUCUGUUCACCUCACAGGAGCCAGUCAACAAUAUAUUACUGCACCAGGGCUGGGCUCUGGUGGGCAGCCCUCUGUCUCUGGCUCGUGUCCAGGCUGAAGGCUGCACUCUGUAUCCCAGCUGUGAGGUGUGUGCCAGAGCCAGAGGCCUGGGCUGUGUGUGGAUCCCAGAGGAAGGAGCCUGCAGAUCCACAACAGCAGAGCCUGGUCCAGGUGAUAUGAUUGAUGACGCCUUGAAAAAGUGUGAGACAGGAGAAGGGCGCUGCACCCCAUCCAUCAGGGAGCUGCGAGUUUCCAUGGGUCUGCGCCUCUUGUUGCCAUGUGUCCAGCUGUCUCCCAGGCCCUGUAGCUGGGAGCAUCCUCCACACAGACUCACCAGGCAGCACCACUCUGACCUGGAGGUGACUGUCACAGAGGACAGCCUUGGAAAAUACAUCUGCACAUGCCAGGAGGCGGGACCAGGUAUCAGAGACCCCACCCCCUGCCUUAGAGCAGCCUAUCAGCUCACACUAGAAGGCCCCAGUGCUGGUGGAGCAGUGGCGGCAGCAGGGGGACGACAUGUCCUGGCCAUCUACAUCCUUGUCUUCUGCGGGGGUGUACUGUUUGGUGUGUUUAUCUACUUCGUGACCCGUAGGCGCAGCCUUAGCCGGCAGGGCCACCACCUGCCAGAUAAUUCGCUGUCAUCAGAGAAGGGGCGGGACUUAUUGGGAUCCUCGGCCACCCCACAGUCCCCUAGCAGUGCCAGCCUGCUGUCCGAGGGAUUCAGAUUGACGGAAAAACGUAACGGCACGGCGACCACAACUACGUCUACAACGCUCCUCAGCAACCUGGGUAAUGGUGGUCACCAUGGCAACAGCUACAGCGGCACCCUGAUCCACAGCAACCCCAGCAAUGGCCAUGGGAAUUCCUUGUAUGCCAACUGCAACACAAGUAGCAGCGGGCUGAAGUUCGCCUCUGAAAUUUUAGCUGCAGACAUGCUGGAUGGAAGGACUGGGGAGAGGGAGAGGGGGAGACCCGAGGGGGUAGAGAGGGAGUCAGGGGAAGGGGAUGAGGUGGAUGAGGGGCUGGGGGAUGGGGGAGGGGACGGGAUGAAAGGACUGGAGGAGGAGUUGGCCAGCUUUCCCAUGUUUAAAUCACCAGCACCACUGGCUAAAUGUGAAGAAAGUUCAAUAUGAAAAGGUGAUAUGAAUGCUCUAUUGAUUGCACCAUUUUGCAUCCUCUAAAUAAACUGAAUGCUACUUGGAGAAAUGCAAAAUGGCUACUGCCAAAUGCCUUUGAAUGGGAGCUGUGGAAUGACGAGAGACUACAGAGAUAUAUGAGAAAUAUAUAAGUUUAUUUCUAAGCAUGUGAGAGAGUUGUGGAAAGAAUGGUGAGAUAGAAAACAUAUUCCAGUGUUGUGACAACCACAGCGAAAUACAUGUGUCAGAUGUAAAUAUAAAAUGUAAAUAUAAGCUGAACCUGACUGUGGACAUGGAGCUGAGCGUGAUAUCACGCAAUGUUACAAAAAAAUCAAAGAUGAAAUGUCUACAUGUGUGGACAUGGAAAAGCCAUAAUGUCUUUCUCCUUAACUUCUGUUGUUGUUUGCUCUCUCGUUCUCUUCUCCUGAUGGCACUGCAAAAGAAAAGUGCACUUUGAAUCUCUCAGCACGUCUCUCUGUCUCUCUAUUUCUAUUCCUCUCUCUGACACAUCACUCCAAUCCCAGGCCCUGAUGGGUCCAAAGGCACCAAAGGACUGCUGAGCCAUAGACUUCCCAGUUGGACUGCACCAGUUCUGGGCUUCAAACAGAGAGAUGUCACUGUCAGAGACUAAAGAACCAUAAAUUCACUGCAGAGCCCUCAGACGGGCUACAGUGACCGUGACGGGCUGUCCCUGCCUACACUGCCGCAGACGUCAAGAGGAUGAUGGGGUUGAAGGUCGCCUGUCAGAUUUUUGUCAGUGUGGAAAGUUAAAGAUGCACAGCAGAUUUAAGGUGACUGACUGCUGCCCAGAUCUGUCACUGUUCACAUUCACAGUUACUGAGACAGAAGAUAAAUGACUUUCAAAAAGUUGUGAAAUUCAUUUUAGCCUCAUCAAAUGGACCUUGCCAGACACAAAGCCACCAUCACCUUGUUUUAUGAGUGUGGAUUUCAACAUAACAAUGUAUUGUUUUUGUCAUGUUGUUUUGUAAUAAAGCCUAAAAAAGUUGCUAUUA